AUGACCCCUGCUCUGACCCCUGCUCUGACCCCUGCUAUGAGCCCUGCUCUGACCCCUGCUAUGAGCCCUGCUAUGAGCCCUGCUAUGACCCCUGCUAUGAGCCCUGCUAUGAGCCCUGCAAUGAGCCCUGCUAUGAGCCCUGCUAUGAGCCCUGCUCUGACCCCUGCUAUGAGCCCUGCUAUGACCCCUGCUAUGACCCCUGCUAUGACCCCUGCUCUGACCCCUGCUAUGAGCCCUGCUCUGACCCCUGCUAUGACCCCUGCUAUGAGCCCUGCUCUGACCCCUGCUAUGACCCCUGCUAUGAGCCCUGCUCUGACCCCUGCUAUGAGCCCUGCUAUGAGCCCUGCUAUGACCCCUGCUAUGAGCCCUGCUCUGACCCCUGCUAUGAGCCCUGCUAUGAGCCCUGCAAUGAGCCCUGCUCUGACCCCUGCAAUGAGCCCUGCUAUGAGCCCUGCUAUGACCCCCGCUAUGAGCCCUGCUCUGACCCCUGCAAUGAGCCCUGCUAUGAGCCCUGCUAUGAGCCCUGCUCUGACCCCUGCAAUGAGCCCUGCUAUGAGCCCUGCUAUGAGCCCUGCUAAGAGCCCUGCUAUGACCCCUGCUAUGAGCCCUGCUAUGAGCCCUGCUCUGACCCCUGCAAUGAGCCCUGCUAUGAGCCCUGCUAUGACCCCCGCUAUGAGCCCUGCUCUGACCCCUGCAAUGAGCCCUGCUAUGAGCCCUGCUAUGAGCCCUGCUCUGACCCCUGCAAUGAGCCCUGCUAUGAGCCCUGCUAUGAGCCCUGCUAUGAGCCCUGCUAUGACCCCUGCUAUGAGCCCUGCUAUGAGCCCUGCUAUGACCCCUGCUAUGAGCCCUGCUAUGAGCCCUGCAAUGAGCCCUGCUAUGAGCCCGCCCUGCUCUGACCCCUGCUAUGACCCCUGCUAUGAGCCCUGCUCUGACCCCUGCUAUGAGCCCUGCUAUGAGCCCUGCUAUGACCCCUGCUAUGAGCCCUGCUCUGACCCCUGCUAUGAGCCCUGCUAUGAGCCCUGCAAUGAGCCCUGCUCUGACCCCUGCAAUGAGCCCUGCUAUGAGCCCUGCUAUGACCCCCGCUAUGAGCCCUGCUCUGACCCCUGCAAUGAGCCCUGCUAUGAGCCCUGCUAUGAGCCCUGCUCUGACCCCUGCAAUGAGCCCUGCUCUGACCCCUGCAAUGAGCCCUGCUAUGAGCCCUGCUAUGACCCCUGCUAUGAGCCCUGCUAUGACCCCUGCUAUGAGCCCUGCUAUGAGCCCUGCUAUGACCCCUGCUAUGAGCCCUGCUAUGAGCCCUGCAAUGAGCCCUGCUAUGAGCCCUGCUCUGACCCCUGCAAUGACCCCCGCUAUGAGCCCCGCUAUGACCCCCGCUAUGAGCCCUGCUCUGACCCCUGCAAUGAGCCCUGCUAUGAGCCCUGCUAUGAGCCCUGCUAUGAGCCCUGCUCUGACCCCUGCAAUGAGCCCUGCUAUGAGCCCUGCUAUGAGCCCUGCUAUGAGCCCUGCUAUGAGCCCUGCUCUGACCCCUGCAAUGAGCCCUGCUAUGAGCCCUGCUAUGAGCCCUGCUAUGACCCCUGCUCUGACCCCUGCAAUGAGCCCUGCUAUGAGCCCUGCUAUGAGCCCUGCUAUGAGCCCUGCAAUGAGCCCUGCUAUGACCCCUGCUCUGACCCCUGCAAUGAGCCCUGCUAUGAGCCCUGCUAUGAGCCCUGCUAUGAGCCCUGCUCUGACCCCUGCUAUGAGCCCUGCUAUGAGCCCUGCUCUGACCCCUGCUAUGAGCCCUGCUAUGAGCCCUGCUCUGACCCCUGCUAUGAGCCCUGCUAUGAGCCCUGCUCUGACCCCUGCUAUGAGCCCUGCUAUGACCCCUGCUAUGAGCCCUGCUAUGAGCCCUGCUAUGAGCCCUGCUAUGACCCCUGCUCUGACCCCUGCUAUGACCCCUGCUAUGAGCCCUGCUAUGACCCCCGCUAUGAGCCCUGCUAUGACCCCCGCUAUGAGCCCUGCUCUGACCCCUGCUCUGACCCCUGCUAUGAGCCCUGCUCUGACCCCUGCUAUGACCCCCGCUAUGAGCCCUGCUCUGACCCCUCAGGGUGA